UUCAAUAUGCAUUAGUUUGAAAUCGGUCCUCCAUUUCGUUAGUCCAGUUUUUUUUAUUUGGUUAAACGUAUAAGUUUUUUACCUACUCUACUUUAAAAAUGUGCUUCCGAAGAAAAAAAUGUGGUGUUAGUUCGUUCAAAAUUCAUGGGUUACCACCAAAAUCUGUAUGGAAGCUAUUCGUCUCCUGAAAUGAUUGAUGCCCAAAUUAAAUUUCUAAGGAUUAAGAGUGUUCCUGAUGGCCUUAAGUGUCACACUUAGGUAUUGGCAAGACCAGAGUAUUCAAGCACCACAACUGAGCAGGAGGAUGAGGCGACGAGACUUCGUCCUGACAGAGUUGAACGAAUACAAUGGUGUACGCCGAAAACGGAUUUUGGUCGCGGUCGCCGGCGAUGUGUUCGAUGUCACCGACGAUUCAGAGCUGUAUGGACCGAACGGUUUGUACAAAUCGUUCGGAGGAAGAGACGCCUCCAGGGCACUGGUCACCUCGAACCCUCACAACGUUUGGCUCGACCGGUACGACGAUCUGAGGGACCUGUCCACCUCUCAGAUGAACGACUUAACGGAAUGGAGGCGGGAGUUUGGCGACAGCUUUGAAUGUGUCGGGAAACUCAUCAGACCAACGGAGCCCCGUACGAGCUACUCAGACGAAGAAUCUGACACGUCAGAGUCGGAAGACGACGAUUGAAGGGAGUGGUAAAAAUUUAUAUGUUCAUAGAAAAUUUCCAGUGUGAUGAUCCUUGAACGCAAAAUUUUUGGUAUUCAUACAUACACCUACAGCACUGUUGUAUACAAUAUAUAUAUAAUUUUUCGGUUUCUAUAAUUCUGGGAAAAUUAUAUAUAAAGUCACUAUGUAUCCUACUAGAUUUAGUUCCGUUUCUCGUUGUAUUCCAUUAAUAUGGCCGCUCAGAACAAUCUUUGUUAACAUUUAGACAAAACAUGCCAUUUAUAUAUAUCCAUAAUUUGUGUUACUACCUGUACCAUCAUCAUUAACCAUCAGAUAGUGCAUUUCGUUCCUUUGCUAAUUAUAAUAUAUCAGUUCUGUCUUUAUAAUAGUAUAAUAGUAUAUUCAUAUGUAUGUAUUUAUAAUAGUGAAUGCCUGUUGAAACUAAAUAUAUAUCCCCCGGACUUAGACUCAUAAUUAGAUUACUUGUUCUAUGGGAACAGUAUUCUAGUUGACACUUUUUACUAUAUUAGUAAAUGUUUCUUGAUGAGAAAGAUCAUGUUCACAAAUUGCUUAACUUUCUUCUGUUUUUCCAUAUUUGUUAGUACUGAAAAUAGACCCUUAUAGAGAGUAUUCUGCUUAGAAUAGAAUAGUUCCGUAUUCCGUAUGAUAGAUAUUAUAGAUAGGUAUUUAGAUAUAGUCCAGUUUGUUGUCACAGUUCUGUGUUAAUAGUAUAGUAUAGUAUAGUAUAGUAUAGAAUAGUAUAGUAUAGUAUAGUAUAGUAUAGUAUAGUAUAGUAUAAUUUUUUUAUAAUUAACAAUAGAUAGUAUAUGAAUGUUGUAUAUUGAUUGUAUAUCAUAGUUAUAUUUUUCUGGUGGUAUAUAACUAUAGAUAUACAUAACUUUGGCUUACUACCAGAAAUUCGAUGUAUUAAUAUAAAUGUCUUUAUUUUUUACUUAUACUUUAUUAAUGAUUUAUACAUUUAUUAUACUUAAUUAAAAAGAAUUUAUAUAUACAUCAAUAAUUUCAAUUAACAUUGUCAUAACGGUAGUGUAUAAUCUAAUGUAGUAAAGUACUGCGUCUAUAAUAUAUACAAAGCAUUGGGUGAUGAUCGGUGAUUAAUAAAUACUUAGAUGUACUUAUGUUUACCGUUAAUAAAUAUGUUAUUACAAA